GCGCUGACGUGCCGGGCGCCAUGUUGGAGGGCUGGUGGUAGCGGCUCGGGGAGGUUCUCGCUCUGUCCGUCUCGCUCCGUCUCUCGCUUCCCCCCCGGCUCCCUCCGGGACCCCCCCUGCCCGGUCGCCGGCGUGUGGCGGAGUGUGUGCGAGGGCGGGGGCGGGCGUCGGGGGGGCGGGGGCGGGCGCCGCGGCCCCCGGGACGGCGGCCGAGGGAGGCGCCGGCGGCGAGGGACUCCGCGGCGCCAUGGACGUCGAGAGGCUGCAGGAGGCGCUGAAAGAUUUUGAGAAGAGGGGGAAAAAGGAAGUUUGUCCUGUCCUGGAUCAGUUUCUCUGUCACGUAGCCAAGACUGGAGAAACCAUGAUUCAGUGGUCCCAAUUUAAAGGUUAUUUUAUUUUCAAACUGGAGAAAGUGAUGGAUGAUUUCAGAACUUCGGCUCCUGAACCAAGAGGUCCUCCCAAUCCUAAUGUUGAAUAUAUUCCCUUUGAUGAAAUGAAGGAAAGAAUACUGAAAAUUGUCACUGGAUUUAAUGGUAUCCCUUUUACUAUUCAACGACUAUGUGAAUUGCUAACAGAUCCAAGAAGAAAUUAUACAGGAACAGACAAAUUUCUCAGAGGAGUAGAAAAGAAUGUGAUGGUUGUUAGCUGUGUUUGUCCUUCUUCAGAGAAGAACAGUUCUAAUAGCUUAAACCGAAUGAAUGGUGUUAUGUUUCCUGGAAACUCACCAAACUAUACUGACAGGUCUAAUAUAAAUGGACCUGGAACACCAAGGCCACUUAAUCGACCAAAGCUUUCUUUGUCAACCUCCUUGACAACAAAUGGUUUGCCUGAGAGUACAGAUAGCAAAGAGUCAGACCUGCAUUCAAAUGAAGAGAAAGCCCACAGUGAUUCUCCAGCUUCCGAAUCAGAAGUUUCUUCACUGAGCCCUGUUAAAAAUAAACACCCAGAUGAUGAUACUGUGGAAGCCGAGGAGCAUGAGGUGAAAAGGCUACGGUUUGACAAAGAAGAUGACGUCCGAGAGACAGCUAGCCAGACGGUGUCCAGUGAAGGCUCAGUUAGGGCAGAGGAAGCUGAAACAGCAUCUUCCCCUCCGGAGAAGGACAGAGAAAAUCGCAGCAGGCAACAUUGUACAGACGACGACGAGGACGAGGAGGAAGAGGAGGAGGAAGAAUCUUUUAUGACACCACGAGAAAUGGUCCCAGAAAGAAAAAAUCAAGAAAAAGAAUCUGAUGAUGCUUUAGCUGUGAAUGAAGAGCUUUCAGAGGAGGAUACUCACAUGGAGGACUCUGACGGGUCUGCAGCUCAGAGAGAUCCUCGCUUGGAACGGAGUGACAGUGCAGGGGCUGUGAGUAGUGGUUCUGACUACCCUGAGACAGAAGAGUCAGCAGGGUCCGCUUCCAGGAAAACGGGAGAAAGUGUCUCCGUGUCAUCCAUGGAGAGUGACGAAACCACAGACGUCACAGACGAACCAAUGGAACAAGACUUAACUACUUAGAAACACUUAGAGGCAGUAUUUUACAUACAGUUCUGGUUUUACACUGUAGAGAACUUUUAAGUAAUAAAUGGACCUUUAGUUUUACAAGAGAAACAGGCUGUAAAAUAAAGAACCUUAAGAAUAAACCCUGACAGUUGUGCGUGGAAGAGCUGUGAAUACUGGCUCCUCUGGGUCCUGCUUAUUGCCGAUUUUCUUGUUUUUGUUGGGUUUUUGUUUGUUUGUUUUUUUUUUUUUUUUCCUGGUGUACUCAAAUCAGUGGUUUGUGUAUAGAUUUUUUUUUUAAUUUAGAAUUAAAGUUUUUAAACUGGAAGAUAAUUAUAAUUUUGAAAACUUUUUAAAGAUAAUCACAUUUGGUUUAUACAUGCGCAAGGAAGAUUUUGUCUUGUCUCUAGCAGUUUCCAUAUUUCAGUCAUAGUUUGAACAUGUUAACAUGUGAAUUAUAGGGUUUCAUGUGGUUUCAGAUUUUAUUGUUCAACUGUACAAUGGGACUUUAAGUCAUAUAUACAUAUAUAGAUUAUUCUAAGGGGGAUGUUAUAUUUUUCUGUUUCUAUAAGAGAUGAAUACAGUGGAUACUUUUUUAUUGGUAAUGACUGAGUUCACUUCUUUAAGAAGACAUUUUCUUUUCUUCUGAGUAAUUGAGAUAAAAUCUGGCCCCUGGAAAACCCUGGGAAUCUUUAAGUCUGUUGAAAUACCAGGUUAAACACAUUCCAAGAGAUCUGUGCAAACUAAAAUUCUUUUGUAUACUUCUACGGUGCCUGAAAAAAAAAAAAAGACUUGGUUAUUUAUGAGAAAAUGUCCUUUAUCUUGGGAGUUGUGUGGGAGCAUUAGCUCACCAUUUGGUUGGACGAGUGCUUAGGAGCCUGACAGGAAACCAUCUCAAAAGAGCCCACAGGUCCUGUAACGUUUCACUUGCUUUUCUGAACAUUGUGAACAUUACACCUUUCUGUCUAAAUUACCUUAUAUGCACAUGGUACUGGUGUGAAACAGCACUGUACUACUGGAAGAAUUCGUGGAUUAUUUCAGUAAUGUACCUGAGCUAAAAUGACUAGAGCUUUAGGGAUACACAGAAACCACCAUGAUUUGUAUAACAUUUUGAAGUGAAUUAAUAUUUUUGAACAUGCUUCUUCGACAGCCAGUGUUCUAUUUUUCAGAUCAACACAAAGCACAAUGGUUACUACUCUAAACUCACUAUUUUCAAAGUCACGUAUUUAAAGUCAUGCAAGCUGCAACUCCCUGUCAAAAUUACUGGCUGCCAAAUUUAUACCUGUUUCUUCAGCUGUACCUUUUGAUAUUUAGAAUUUUUAAAUUUCUGUAAAGUAGAUUUUGUAGACUGUAAUGUGUUCACUGCCUUUGUGAAGCGGUAUAAUUGUAUAAUUUCGUGUGUAAACUGAAUGCUUGGGCUUUCAAUACAGUAUUCAUAUAAAGCAAUAAAUAUUAAUGUUAUGAAAUAUUCGAGUACAUUUUUAUCAAAAUACUAAAGAACCCUUUUUUAGUUUCAGACACCUGAGGUACACAGAUGGACUUGUAGUAGAUGCAAACAAUUUCUCACACUGUAUCAUAAGCUUUGGGGGAUUUGGAGUGAAACCACAACGUUUGCAUUUUGACUACUUAGACAUUACUAUGCCUAAAAAUAAAGAUAUUUUGGCUCAGUUUGUUCAUAGAGUAAUAUACUACUGACUUACAGCCUACAGGUUCACAACAGCUAGACAAUAUAUUUAUGGAUCUGUAAAAAAAUUGAAUGUUGAUUUAAUUGCACCCAAAAGGGGUAAAAAGUCAAGUGUAAUUUUUUAAAAAUUGGCAAAAAUGUUAAAAUGAAGCAGAUUUUGAAUGUGACAUUUAUGUGUAGUGACCUGUUACUCUAUUUUGUUGAGGGAUUGCCAGUGAGAGCAUAUUUUAAAUAUUUUAGGUUUAGAAACUUUGAGAUUUUUUUCCUUAGGGUAUUUAUGAGAUUGUUGUCAAUAAACCUGUUCUCUAAGCUCCUGUGA